CAGUGGACAGAUAAGAUGGACUUGCGAUUUGGUUUUGAGAGGUUGAAGGAGCCUGGUGAGAAGACCGGCUGGCUCAUCAACAUGCACCCUACUGAGGUCUUAGAUGAAGAUAGACGCUUAGUCAGUGCAGUGGAUUACUACUUUAUUCAAGAUGAUGGAAGCAGAUUUAAGGUGGCCUUACCUUAUAAGCCGUAUUUCUACAUUGCAACCAGAAAGGGCUGUGAACGAGAAGUUUCAUCUUUUCUCUCCAAGAAGUUUCAGGGUAAAAUUGCAAAAGUAGAGACUGUCCCCAAAGAGGACCUGGACUUGCCAAAUCACUUGGUGGGUUUGAAGCGAAAUUACAUCAAGCUGUCCUUCCACACUGUGGAGGACCUUGUCAAAGUGAGGAAAGAAAUCUCCCCUGCUGUGAAGAAGAAUCGGGAGCAGGACCGUGCCAGUGAUGCAUACACAGCCAUGCUCUCCAGCGUUCUGCAAGGGGGUAGUGUAAUUACUGAUGAAGAGGAAACCUCUAAGAAAGUAGCUGACCAGCUGGAUAACAUAGUGGACAUGCGCGAGUAUGACGUCCCCUACCACAUCCGCCUCUCCAUCGACCUUAAGAUCCAUGUGGCUCAUUGGUACAACAUCAGAUAUCGGGGAAAUGCUUUUCCAGUGGACAUUACCCGCCGGGAUGACCUUGUUGAGCGACCUGACCCUGUGGUGUUGGCAUUUGACAUUGAGACCACCAAACUGCCCCUCAAAUUUCCUGAUGCUGAAACAGACCAGAUUAUGAUGAUUUCUUACAUGAUUGAUGGCCAGGGCUACCUCAUCACCAACAGGGAGAUCGUUUCUGAAGAUAUUGAAGAUUUUGAGUUCACCCCCAAACCAGAAUAUGAAGGGCCCUUCUGUGUCUUCAAUGAACCUGAUGAGGUCCAUCUGAUCCAGCGAUGGUUUGAGCAUAUCCAGGAGACUAAACCCACCAUCAUGGUCACUUACAACGGGGACUUUUUUGACUGGCCGUUCAUGGAGGCCAGAGCAGCGGCCCACGGCCUGAGCAUGUACCAGGAGAUCGGCUUCCAGAAGGAUAGCCAGGGGGAGUACAAGGCACCACAGUGCAUCCACAUGGACUGCCUCAGGUGGGUAAAAAGGGACAGCUACCUUCCCGUGGGCAGUCAUAACCUGAAGGCAGCCGCCAAGGCUAAGCUUGGCUACGACCCUGUGGAAUUAGAUCCUGAGGACAUGUGCCGGAUGGCCACCGAGCAGCCCCAGACUCUGGCCACAUACUCUGUGUCGGAUGCUGUUGCCACUUACUACCUGUACAUGAAGUAUGUCCAUCCCUUCAUAUUUGCCCUGUGCACCAUUAUCCCCAUGGAGCCUGAUGAGGUGCUGCGGAAGGGCUCGGGCACACUGUGUGAGGCCUUGCUGAUGGUGCAGGCCUUCCACGCCAACAUCAUCUUCCCCAACAAGCAAGAGCAGGAGUUCAACAAGCUGACAGACGAUGGCCACGUGUUGGAUGCUGAGACCUAUGUGGGGGGCCACGUGGAGGCACUGGAGUCGGGCGUCUUCCGCAGUGACAUCCCCUGCCGGUUUAAGAUGAAUCCUGCUGCGUUUGACUUCCUGCUGCAGCGGGUGGAGAAGACCAUGCGCCAUGCCCUUGAGGAAGAGGAGAAGGUGCCUGUGGAGCAAGCCAUCAACUUUCAAGAGGUGUGUGAUCAGAUAAAGACCAAGCUCAUCUCUCUGAAAGAUGUUCCCAACCGAAUCGAAUGUCCCCUUAUCUACCACCUGGAUGUGGGGGCCAUGUACCCCAAUAUCAUCCUGACAAACCGCCUGCAGCCCUCUGCCAUGGUAGACGAGGCCACCUGUGCUGCAUGUGACUUCAACAAGCCUGGAGCAAACUGCCAGAGGAAGAUGGCCUGGCAGUGGAGGGGCGAGUUCAUGCCAGCCAGUCGCAGUGAAUACCAUCGAAUCCAGCACCAGCUGGAGUCAGAAAAGUUCCCCCCCUUGUUUCCUGAGGGGCCGGUGCGGGCCUUUCACGAGCUGUCCCGGGAGGAGCAGGCCAAAUACGAGAAGCGGAGGCUGGCAGAUUACUGCCGGAAAGCCUACAAGAAGCUCCAUGUCACCAAGGUGGAGGAGCGCCUCACCACCAUCUGCCAGCGGGAGAACUCCUUCUACGUGGACACGGUGCGCGCCUUCCGAGACAGGCGCUACGAGUUCAAAGGGCUGCACAAGGUGUGGAAAAAGAAGCUCUCUGCAGCCAUGGAGGCGGGUGAUGCAGCCGAGGUGAAGCGCUGCAGGAACAUGGAGGUCCUGUAUGACUCGCUGCAGCUGGCUCACAAGUGCAUUCUCAACUCCUUCUACGGCUACGUCAUGCGCAAGGGGGCACGCUGGUACUCCAUGGAGAUGGCUGGCAUUGUCUGCUUUACGGGGGCCAACAUCAUCACCCAGGCCCGAGAACUGAUAGAACAGAUCGGGAGGCCCUUGGAACUGGACACAGAUGGAAUAUGGUGCGUCCUGCCCAAUAGCUUCCCAGAAAAUUUUGUCAUCAAGACUACCAAUGCAAAGAAACCCAAGGUGACCAUCUCUUACCCUGGGGCCAUGUUGAACAUCAUGGUCAAGGAAGGCUUUACCAACGACCAGUACCAGGAGUUGGCAGAGCCCUCCUCACUCACCUACGUUACCCGCUCAGAGAACAGCAUCUUUUUUGAAGUUGACGGGCCCUACCUUGCCAUGAUCCUUCCAGCCUCCAAAGAAGAGGGGAAGAAACUGAAGAAGAGAUAUGCUGUAUUUAAUGAAGAUGGUUCCCUGGCUGAGCUGAAGGGCUUCGAGGUCAAACGCCGUGGGGAGCUGCAGCUGAUUAAAAUCUUCCAGUCCUCUGUGUUCGAGGCCUUCCUCAAGGGCAGCACCCUGGAGGAAGUGUAUGGCUCCGUCGCCAAGGUGGCCGACUACUGGCUGGACGUGCUAUACAGCAAGGCAGCUAACAUGCCCGAUUCUGAGCUGUUCGAGUUGAUAUCUGAGAACCGCUCGAUGUCUCGGAAGCUAGAAGAUUAUGGGGAGCAGAAGUCCACAUCUAUCAGCACAGCAAAGCGCCUGGCUGAGUUCCUGGGAGACCAGAUGGUCAAGGAUGCUGGGCUGAGCUGCCGUUACAUCAUCUCCCGCAAGCCUGAGGGCUCUCCUGUCACUGAGAGGGCCAUCCCACUUGCCAUUUUCCAAGCAGAGCCCACAGUGAGGAAGCACUUUCUUCGGAAAUGGCUUAAGAGCUCAUCCCUUCAAGACUUUGAUAUUCGGACAAUUCUGGACUGGGACUACUACAUCGAGCGCCUGGGGAGUGCCAUCCAGAAGAUCAUCACCAUCCCCGCGGCUCUGCAGCAGGUGAAGAACCCAGUGCCACGCGUCAGACACCCAGACUGGCUGCACAAGAAGCUGCUGGAGAAGAGUGACAUCUACAAGCAGAAGAAGAUCAGUGAGCUGUUUGUCCUUGAGGGAAAGAGACAGAUCGUGAUGGCUCAGGGCCUAGAAGACAGCCCCAGGCCAGGUGCUCCCGACAUGGAGGACUUUGGCCUCAUAAAGCCACCCCAUCCAGCAAUCCCUGUAGCCACCAAGAGGAAGCGAGUCCUCUGGGAGAGCCAAGAGGAGUCUCAGGAACUCACGCUGACGGUGCCCUGGCGGGAGAUCUUGGGGCAACCUCCUACACUUGGCACCACCCAGGAAGAAUGGCUGGUCUGGCUCCGGUUCCACAAGAAGAAGUGGCAGCUACAGGCCCGACAGCGCCUGGCCCGCAGGAAGAAGCAGCGUCUGGAGUCGGCAGAGGAUUUGCCAAGGCAUGGGGCCAUCCGAGACGGGCCUGCCACAGGGCUGGGGAGCUUCUUGAGAAGAACUGCACGUAGCAUUCUAGACCUUCCCUGGCAGAUUGUACAGAUCAGCCAGACCAGCCAGGCUGGCCUGUUCAGGCUGUGGGCCAUCAUUGGUAGUGACUUGCACUCUAUCAAGCUGAGCAUCCCCCGCGUGUUCUAUGUGAACCAGCGAGUGGCCAAAGCAGAGGAGGGGCCUUCCUGUCGGAAGGUGAACCGCAUUCUGCCUCGUUCCAACAUGGUCUACAAUCUCUAUGAGUAUUCAGUGCCAGAGGACAUGUACCAAGAACACAUCAACGAGAUCAACACUGAGCUGUCAGCGCCGGACAUCGAGGGUGUCUACGAGACUCAGGUGCCGUUGUUGUUCCGGGCACUGGUGCAGCUGGGCUGUGUGUGUGUGGUCAACAGACAGCUGGUGCGGCACCUCUCGGGCUGGGAAGCUGAGACCUUCACCCUAGAUCACCUCGAGAUGCGUUCUCUGGCCCAAUUCAGCUACCUGGAACCAGGCAGCAUCCGCCACAUCUACCUGUACCACCACACGCAGGGCCACAAGGCACUCUUUGGGCUCUUUGUCCCCUCACAGCGCAGAGCAUCUGUGUUUGUGUUGGACACGGUGCGCAGCAACCAGAUGCCCAGCCUCAGCACCCUGUACUCAGCGGAGCACAGCCUUCUGCUGGAGAAGGUGGGCCCCGAGCUCCUGCCACCCCCCAGACAUACCUUUGAAGUUCGUGCUGAAACUGACCUGAAGACCAUCUGCAGGGCCAUCCAGCGCUUCCUGCUGGCCUACAAGGAGGAACGCCGGGGACCCACCCUCAUUGCAGUGCAGUCCAGCUGGGAACUGCAGAAGCUCGCCAGCGAGAUCCCUGUGCUGGAGGAGUUCCCGCUGGUGCCUGUGCGCGUGGUCGACAAGAUCAGCUAUGGAGUCCUAGACUGGCAGCGGCACGGAGCCCGCCGCAUGAUCCGGCACUACCUCCACCUGGACACCUGCCUGUCACAGGCCUUCGAGAUGAGCAGGUACUUCCACAUUCCCGUUGGGAAUCUGCCAGAGGACAUCUCCACCUUUGGCUCCGACCUUUUCUUUGCCCGCCACCUGCAGCGUCACAACCACCUGCUCUGGCUGUCCCCCACAGCCCGUCCCGACCUGGGCGGGAAGGAGGCCGACGACAACCGCCUUGUCAUGGAAUUCGAGGACCGUGCCACCGUGGAGAUUAACAGUCCUGGUUGCUACUCCACCGUGUGUGUGGAGCUGGACAUCCAGAACCUGGCCGUUAACACCAUCCUCCAGUCCCACCACGUGAACGACAUGGAGGGGGCCGGCAGCAUGGGCAUCAGCUUUGACGUGAUCCAGCAGGCCUCACUGGAGGACAUGGUCACAGGCAAUCAGGCCUCUAGUGCCCCAGCCAGCUACGAUGAGACAGCCCUCUGCUCCAGCACCUUCAGGAUCCUCAAGAGCAUGGUCGUGGGCUGGGUAAAGGAGAUCAUGCAGUACCACAACGUCUACGCCGACAACCAGGUGGUGCACUUCUACCGCUGGCUACAGUCCUCGAGCUCUCUGCUGCAUGACCCCGCCCUGCACCGGACACUCCACAACAUGAUGAAGAAGCUCUUCCUGCAGCUCGUGGCUGAGUUCCAGCGCCUGGGGUCAUCAGUCGUCUAUGCCAAUUUCAACCGAAUCAUUCUCUGUACCAGAAAGCGCCGCAUUGAGGACGCCAUCGCCUACAUGAAGUACAUCACCAACAGCAUCCAUUCUAAAGAGCUCUUCCAUUCCCUGACCAUUUCCUUCUCACGAUGCUGGGAAUUCCUUCUGUGGAUGGAUCCGUCUAAUUAUGGUGGAAUCAAAGGAAAAGUGCCAUCUGGAAUUCACUGUGGACAGCAAGAGCCCCAGAAAGGAGAGGAAGCAGAGGACGAGCAAGAAGACGAGGAGGAGCAGGAGGAAAGUGUGGACGAGUCUGAGGUAGAGGACCUCCUGGAGAACAACUGGAACAUUUUGCAGUUUCUGCCACAGGCAGCCUCCUGCCAGAGCUACUUCCUCAUGAUCGUUUCGGCGUACAUUGUGGCUGUGUACCACAGCAUGAAGGAACAGCUGAGACGCAGUGGCCCAGGCACCACCCCUGUGAAGAGGAGGGGGGCCAGCCAGUUCUCUCAGGAGGCUGAAGGGGCGGCCGGAGCCCUCCCUGGAAUGAUCACCUUCUCUCAGGAUUAUGUUGCAAACGAGCUCACUCAGAGCUUCUUCACCAUCACUCAGAAGAUUCAGAAGAAAGUCACAGGCUCUCGGAGCUCCACAGAGCCCUCAGAGAUGUUCCCUGUCCUCCCUGGCUCCCACUUGGUGCUCAACAACCCUGCUCUGGAGUUCAUCAAAUAUGUGUGCAAGGUGCUAUCUUUGGAUACAAACAUCACCAAUCAGGUGAACAAGCUGAACCGAGACCUGCUUCGCCUGGUAGAUGUUGGUGAGUUCUCCGAGGAGGCCCAGUUCCGAGACCCCUGCCGCUCCUAUGUGCUCCCUGAGGUGAUCUGCCACAGCUGCAACUUCUGCCGGGACUUGGAUCUGUGCAAAGAUUCCUCCUUCUCCCAGGAUGGAGCUGUCCUGCCUCAGUGGCUCUGCCCCAACUGUCAGGCCACCUAUGACUCAGCUGCCAUUGAGAUGGCCCUGGUCGAAGCCCUGCAGAGAAAGCUGAUGGCCUUCACCCUGCAGGACCUGGUCUGCCUGAAGUGCCGCGGCGUGAAGGAGACCCACAUGCCAGUGUACUGCAGCUGUGCCGGGGACUUCGCCCUCACAAUCCGCACUCAGGUCUUCAUGGAGCAGGUUGGCAUCUUCCGGAGCAUUGCCCAGCACUACAGCAUGCCACACCUCAAGGAGACCCUGGAGUGGCUGCUGCAGAAAAGCCCUCAGCCAGACCACUAGCAAGCGCCAGCCCUAGACACCGCAUCCUUACAGGCAUCCUCUGCUCCCCGUGAUGUCCCACUGACCACCUGACUUCAGUCUCUUGGAAAAGCAGACCGUCCAGGGAAUGGGGUAGACCACCGAGAACAUGCCAGGGAGUGCAGAGGUGGCAUGAACAAGCUGGAGCAGGGAAUGACCCUGUCCUCCACAUUGCUGCAGGCCCUCUUCUGAGGCAGGUCAUCAGGCAAGAAGCUUCUUGGGUCCUGAGGGGUCCUGAGGAGUCGUUUCUGCCAAUAAACACACUUUGAAGCCUCUGUUGCUUUCUGCACCUG